UCACAGAAACAGCCGAGCGCGCUUGGUGAGAGGGAAGUGCAAGACCUGAAAGUGCAUAAGAAAGAAAAAAUAUUUACAUAUAACAAAGAUAUAGGAUGUACAAAAAUUACUAGCGAUCGAAUGAGAUUUAUUGCUAUCACUCCCAACCAACAAGGCAUAUAUUUUCAUUUCUAAUAAAUAUAGUCUAGCUAACUUUCGAUAAGAGUGUAGCUAGCGCGACGGAUAGCCAGCGAAGUAUCGCGCCACACCGCUGCUAGUUUCAGAAAAGGCGUCGUGUCGGGGGGUGAAAACAGCAAAAAUAAGUGAGGGGGACACGUGCACCUGGUGAAUGGUGCCGCAUAACGCCGUUUACACCAUCGCUAACCGAAUCGGAGGGCUUGCGAAGUGAAAUAAAAGUUGCUCCCCCCAGGCCUGUCGGGAGCGACUGACUGUCGUAUGUAUAGACAACCGGCGUGGGCUGUCUGUCAGAAAGAGGAAAGAUGUCGGCUCAGGCGCAAAUGCGAGCGAUGCUGGACCAGCUAAUGGGCACGAGCAGAGACGGAGAUAGCAUGCGACAGAGGAUCAAGUUUACAGAUGAGAGAGUGUGUAAAAGUCACCUGCUGGACUCCUGCCCCCACGACAUACUGUCAGGCACUCGCAUGGACCUGGGGGAGUGUGUUAAGGUUCACGACCUGGCGCUCAGGGCUGACUACGAGAUCGCCUCCAAGCAGCAGGAAUACUUCUUUGAGCUUGACGCCGCAGAGCACCUGCAGUCCUUCAUCGCGGACUGCGACAGGAGGACGGAGCUGGCGAAGAAGCGGCUGGCGGAGACGCAGGAGGAGAUCAGCGCGGAGGUGGCCGCCAAGGCGGAGCGAGUGCACGAGCUGAACGAGGAGAUCGGUAAACUGCUGGCCCGGGCAGAGCAGCUGGGAGGCGAGGGCAACGUGGAGGAGGCGCAGCAGGUCCUGGAGAAGGUGGAGAAGACCCGGGCCCUGAAGAGGGAGGCAGAGGAUAUAUACAGGAACUCAAUGCCGGCUUCCAGUUUCCAGCAGCAGAAACUCAGGGUGUGUGAGGUCUGCUCUGCCUACCUGGGUCUCCAUGACAACGACCGCCGUCUGGCUGACCACUUCGGGGGGAAGCUUCACCUGGGCUUCAUCGAGAUCCGCGAGAAGCUGGAGAGGCUCAGGAAAGUGGUUGCUGAGAAACAGGAGCGGAUGCGAAUGAGAAGGAGAGAGGAACGAGAUCGGGAAGAGGAGAGAGAGAGGGAGUGGGAGAUGGAGAGAGAGCGGGAACGUGAGAGGGAGCGUGAGAGAGAGAGAGACCGAGAAAGGGAGAGGCGGAGAACAAGGUCAAGAAGCGGAGAUCGAUACAGGGAUGGAGGGAGCUCAUCAGCGCAUCGCUCCCGGCGCCAUCGCUCCUCUCGUUCGCGAGAGGAGGGGGCUGAGAAGGACAGAGAGAGGAGACAUAGACAUCGGGAGAGACAUCGCUCACACUCUCAUUCUCACAGGAGCAAGAAGAAAAGGUCUUCCAGAGACAGAGAGUCGCACCCCAGCGAGAGGGAUCAGCCACAGUCAUGGGAGAGAGCCAAAGAUGGAGGAUUCCGGGCAGGGGAGGGCUGGAGAGAUGAAGAGCUGAUGGAACGAGGGCAGUCAGUUUCACCUGAGAUGGCGAGGGGAAAAGACUGUGCUCAGAGGAAGAGAUCUGUGUCUCCGGAGAGAGACAGACACUCCAGCUCUGAAGAGAGAGAAUCUGGGGAGAUCUAGAUGCAGACAGUGUGGACGAGAAGUUGCCAGAUGGGGUGUUGUGUUGUACAUACGGUAUAUAUAUAAAUAUAACAACAGGGAGGAGGAGUAUAAAUUUGAUGAGAGGAUGGGGGACACUGGGAGGUGGAGUUAUGUAAGAUGCUAGAGCCCAAAUGGGGGGUGGGAGUUGGGGGUGGCAGGAUGAGACCACACUGGAAUUAGGGAGGGAGGGGGUGGUGUAGUGGGUUUGAGAGAGGAACUGAUCCAGCUCUGUUAGGAUGUGAGAUUAUCAACAAUAAGGCAGGCAACAAAGGAUUUUUUUUUUACUGAAAAGAUUCUACGCAAUGCCUGUUUAUUUUUAUUUUAUCAUUGCUGUUGGUUUUUUAAGAUUACCUGUUCUGCUGAUUCUUUUGACAUGGUGACUGUGUAUAUGCAUUUCAAAACAUGGAUUCCAAACCAUUAAACCCCAGCUACAAUUUCUCUGAUGUGUACCCACACAUCCCUUUGACACAGACAAAUGCAAGCUUAAUAUUACAUUGUCCGUGUAUGUUAAAUAUGUAUGCAGAAUAAGGUACGUGUGGUUAUGAAUGCAUUUUUCAUUUCAACAAAUAGUGACAAGCAUUUGCGUAAUGGGGAAAAAAACACAAGACUUUGUCCUGGUGCAGUACUUUUCAAGUGUCCGAUUUAUCUUUCUACAGUCCAUACUGAUUAAAUAAAAUUUUGGGUUCCACUA